AAGCUCGGCCAGCUUGGGACUGGCAGACAGGGUGACAAAUCAAGUCUCGACCUUUGAAAGCAAAACACUGACAGCAGCCCCCUGGCAACUCGGAGCUGGGAAAGGAUCCAGGAGGCUGUACCUCGGGGUGGCACGGAGUGUCCCGGUCGCUUCUCCGGAACCUGGGAUAGGUGGAUCUAGAAGCAACGCCGCGGAGCUUGGCCAGAGUCAGAAGACACACCCUUGCCUUUCUGCUUGGGAGAGACACACAAGCUGCCUCUUUCUCGCGGAACCUGAGGAGAAGGCUGUGAAUCAAGCAAAAGAGUCCAGAGAACGCAGUUUGCUGAGGAGGAGACCUGGGAAGCUGCUGGGAGGAGGUGGACCCUGGGAGAGAUGGCUUCCAGCCUGCACCCUGCCUAGCAGCAGCCCCAGCGCCCAGCCAGGCAAGAUGUGCCACUAGACAGCCAUGGACGGGGCCCACAGCGCAGGUCUGCAGCUGCAGCAGCUCCCACCGACCAGCAGCUCCAUGAGCCUGAGCAGCAGCGAGGCCUCCUUCUCCUACAAGGAAAACUUGAUCGGCGCUCUCUUGGCGAUUUUCGGGCACCUCGUGGUCAGCAUCGCCCUUAACCUGCAGAAAUACUGCCAUAUCCGCCUGGCAGGCUCCAAGGACCCCCGGGCCUACUUCAAGACCAAGACAUGGUGGCUGGGACUGCUCUUGCUGCUGCUGGGCGAGCUGGGCGUGUUCGCCUCCUACGCCUUCGCCCCGCUGUCCCUCAUCGUACCCCUCAGUGCCGUCUCAGUUAUAGCGAGCGCCAUCAUCGGAAUCAUAUUCAUCAAAGAAAAAUGGAAGCCGAAGGACUUUGUGAGACGCUAUGUCUUGUCCUUUGUUGGCUGCGGUCUGGCGAUCGUGGGCACCUACCUGCUAGUGACAUUUGCACCCAAUAGUCACGAGAAAAUGACAGGCGAGAACAUUGCCAAGCACCUCGUGAGCUGGCCUUUUCUGCUGUACAUGCUGGUGGUGAUCGUCCUGUUCUGCCUGCUCCUGUACUUCUACAAGGAGAGGAACGCCAACAGCAUCAUUGUGAUUCUCCUCCUGGUGGCCUUGCUUGGUUCCAUGACGGUGGUGACGGUCAAGGCUGUGGCAGGGAUGCUCGUGCUGUCCAUCCAAGGCAACCUGCAGCUGGACUACCCCAUCUUCUACGUGAUGUUCGUGUGCAUGGUGGCCACUGCCAUCUACCAGGCCACGUUUUUGAGUCAAGCGUCUCAGAUCUAUGACUCCUCCUUGAUCGCCAGCGUUGGCUACAUCCUGUCCACCACUGCGGCCAUCACAGCAGGUGCGAUCUUCUACCUGGACUUCCUGGGGGAGGAAGCUCUGCACAUCUGCCUGUUUGCACUGGGGUGCCUCAUCGCCUUCUUAGGUGUAUUCUUAAUCACUCGAAACAGGAAGAAGGCCAUUCCGUUCGAGCCCUAUAUUUCCAUGGACGCCAUGCCAGGGAUGCAGGACAUGCAUGCGAAAGGGACAACGGUCCAGCCUGACCUCAAAGCUUCUUUUUCCUACGGGGCCUUGGAAAAUAAUGACAACAUUUCUGAGAUCUACACCCCGGCCACACUGCCCGUCAUGCAGGAAGAGCAUAGCUCCAGAAGCACCCCUGGGGUUCCCUACCGUGUCCUGGAGCACACCAAGAAGGAAUGAUCUGCCUCCCUUGGGGGUAUCCCUGCCCACAGGCCACUCACGGUUCCACCCUUUGUCCAACCUGCCUUUCAAGCAUCCCGGUUUUAAACUGAGAACUCUGCAAGAUGAUCUUGGGAGGCCCUCGUCUCUGACAGAGAAGCUGUUCAAUGACCUUGACCUUGGAAGUUUCAAAUAGUUGGGGAGUCUCCCAGGUGAGCUGUGUGGCAGGUUAGCCCAGUGGGGGUGGAAGCCGUUUUACCUCCUUGGACGGUCAGUGAGCCUCUGGUGGUGAUUGCAGGCUACCACACAUUCCUUAGAGCGGAAACAUGACAGUCUGCUCCCUCUUUGCAAACCCAGCAAAGUCGGUCUUUACCCGCCACGCACGCCUCAGCUCUACCUGGCUCACUCAUGAGUCCGUAGCUCUGACUGUAUUUAUUGGUGUCCCUUUUGCCGGGCCCAGCAGGGCCAGCCCUGAGUGGAACAAGCUGUCAUCUGCACUGUG